GACAACUGCGGCUUCUUGGGGUAUCUUUCCUGUAGAGGCUCUCCGCUGGUACACACGUGGGGAGUUUGAACACAUCGCUAUCUCGCUAAAGAUACAACUCUGAGGAUGACGAGUGAAGACGUGGAGCGUCUGUUGAUCCAGUUUCAGGAUGAAGAAGGGGAGGUGCUGGGCUCCCCGUUUGAUGUGCCUUUAGACAUCACCCCAGAAAAACUACAGCUCGUCUGCAAUGCACUGCUACAAAAGGAUGAGCCAGUGCCACUGGCAUUUUUUGUGCGUGGAGAGGCUGAGGUGGUGUCCAGUCUGGGAUCAUGUGUACAGGCUCUUGGGGUCGAGACAGAGCAGGUUGUGCCGGUGGUUUACCAGCCUCAGGCUGUGUUCAGGGUCCGAGCUGUGGCCCGCUGUACCAGCACACUACAGGGACACACAGAAGCUGUCAUCUCAACGGCUUUCAGCCCAACUGGCAAAUAUAUGGCCAGCGGUUCAGGUGAUACCACAGUGCGUUUUUGGGACUUGAUGACUGAGACGCCCCACCACACUGCCAGAGGACACACACAUUGGGUACUGACCAUCGCCUGGUCACCCGAUGGGAAGAAGCUGGCUUCAGGGUGCAAGAACAGUCAGAUCUGUCUGUGGGAUCCAGUGACGGGUACACAGUUGGGGAAGACUUUGACCGGACACAGCAAGUGGAUCACUUGGCUCAGCUGGGAACCUCUCCACCUUAACCCAGAGUGUCGGUACUUAGCCAGUAGCUCUAAAGACGGUUCAAUACGUGUCUGGGACACGGUGCUGGGACGCUGCGAGAAGAUCCUGACUGGACACACUCAGUCAGUCACCUGUGUGAAGUGGGGAGGAGAUGGACUUCUUUACACUUCAUCCCAGGACAGAACGGUGAAAGUGUGGAGAGCCAAAGAUGGUGUCCAGUGCAGGACUCUGCAGGGUCACGCCCACUGGGUGAACACCCUGGCUCUCAGCACAGACUACGUCCUGCGCACCGGAGCUUUUGAACCCGCAAGCGCAACUAUCAACCCCCAGGACCUCACUGGAUCAUUGGAAGAGCUGAAGGAGAAGGCUUUGGAGAGAUAUAAUAAAGUUAGGGGUUCAGCUCCAGAGCGCUUGGUGUCUGGCUCCGAUGAUUUCACCUUGUUCAUGUGGAACCCUGCAGAGGAAAAGAAGCCUCUGGCCAGGAUGACUGGACACAGCGCUCUGGUCAACGAAGUGCUCUUCUCCCCAGACACCAGGCUCCUCGCCUCUGCCUCAUUCGACAAGUCCAUCAAAAUCUGGGACGGACGCACUGGGAAGUACCUAAUUUCCCUGCGUGGCCAUGUGGGAUCUGUGUAUCAAGUGGCGUGGUCGGCAGACAGCAGGCUGCUGGUCAGUGGUAGCAGCGACAGCACACUUAAAGUUUGGGACAUCAAGACGGGGAAGCUGAACAUGGACCUCCCUGGCCAUGCUGAUGAGGUUUAUGCAGUGGACUGGAGUCCCGAUGGACAAAGAGUGGUCAGUGGCGGGAAAGACAAAUGUCUUAGAAUAUGGAGAAGAUAGCCGCACCGCCGUUCCCCUUCGUAACUUUGGCAGAGGAUUUCACAUCUUCUACUAUCAAGAAGCGAGACAGCCGGAGCAAAGGCAGCUAGGCUGUACCUAAUCCCCCAUUUGGCUUCAUAAAACUGUCAAAAACGGCACUGUGUCAAGGAGCUCUAGCCGAGUCAUGAUGCAGAUGCCCUCUCAAGGUUUGAAACUCUUGUGGGAAUAUUAACACUGUGAAGGUGUUUAGCGGAACGGGAGUUUAAAACUGGAGGGUUUAUAAUCAUCAGAACUUCCAUCCAUCGAGAUCAUUUCCAGUAAUAGCUACAUUGUAAAAUGUAUGUCACUGCACCUCAAAUCAAUUGAAAGGGUUUCCAUCCAUGUGCAUAUUGUUUCGUGCACAUCAUGGGGCCCUGAUAGCCUUUUUUUUUUUUGUGCCACGCCCACAUAUAGAAACCACAAACAACCAAUGAAUUUUAGAAUGCAGAAUAUAAUGAGAUGCAUACAUUGAGAGAUUAAAAUGUAACCUCACUGGAUGAGCUGUAUACUGCAGUUGACAGGUGGAGCAGUGCGGCAGUAGGUGGGAGCGUCUAAUACCUUCCUCUGUGAUGUUAAUGCCGACCCCGCUCGCCCUGCACCUUCAGCCUUUAAUCUCCUGUCCUACGGUCAGCAAAGCCUCAGCCUGCUGAUUUUUUUUUUUUUUUUUUCUAGUUCUGCGGUGAAGCCAAGUGUCACCAGCAAAACUGUUUUAUUUUCUGUAUUCAGCCGGCUUUGUGACUAUUUAAUAUGAAUAAAUAUUUACAUAACAAACU